CACUGCUGUUUGCUUAAAGUUCACCAGGAUGACUUUGCGCGCUCGGACGGCGCCGGGCAGGAAUCACCUACAUGGUGAAGGGGAUUAAAGGGAACCAAAUCCUCUGAACUGGGGGGAAAACCAAGAUGCCAUCCAGGAAGAAAAGCUGCAUGUUUGGCUGCUCCUUCUGUGCCUGCGUGGGCUCCCUGGCGCUGAUCUGCGUGGCGCUGGCCACGCCGCGCUGGGCCGGCAGCGAGCUGCGCUUCGCGCGCGCCGGCUCCAACCUCACCAUCAGCCUCACCUACGGCCUCUUCAGGGGCACCUGUGAGCAGUUCGUGGAUCUAGGGCUCCAGGUGCCCAAAAACACCUUCCAAGUCUCUGAUGCCCUGAGCAGCAGCAGCAGCAGCAGCAGCAGGAGCCUGAACGUCGCCACCAUCGUGCUGCUGGUGCUGGCCCUGCUCAGCUCCCUGCUCAGCUCUGCCUUCACCUGCACCAACGCUGUCAGCAACCCCUACCAGACAUUCCUGGGACCCGUGGGAGUCUACACCUGGAAUUCUGUGUGUGGAGUCCUCAUCCUCCUAGCCAUGAUCCUUUUCCCUGUGAACGUGGAAGGGAGCAGGCUGCCUGUAGAUCUGGUCCCUGGAGGAUGUUCCACCCAGGUGGAGACACACCUUGGAUCCAAGCACAGCUAUGGAUAUUCCUACUGGAUCAUGCUGCUCAUCCUUCUCCUGAACAUUGCUUCUCUCACCAUCAUCUACUUCUACGACCACGCCACGUAUUCCAAGAAGAAAGAGCAGGAGAGACCCAUUGAAAACGCACCAAAGGAUGUAAUUCUGUUUUAAGGACACCUUGGAAAAGGGGGAGUGAAGGAAGAUGAUUUAAAUGUGGACAGCAAAUUUCUGUUUGCUCUGAGCCGUGGGCACACUUCAAUUCCCGUUUUGUUUUGAGGACACAAAAGCAGUUUUGGUUUCAGCUGAGCAGGAAGAUCAAAGCCAUUGGAGUGGGGUUUGGGAGCUCCAGGAUCCCUUGGGAUGAGCAGAAAUGGUCCCUGAGCUGCUGCUGCUCCGUUCCCUCCCUGCUCUGCUCAGGGAUCUCCUGUGGCCAAAAUCCCAGAGCACAGGGCUGGAGCCCCCCUGAUGCAGGGAUGGCACAGGGGGAGCAUCCAGGGGGAUGUCACAGCCUGUGGAGGUGGCACCUGGGGACACAGGUGGCCUUGGCACUGGGGAACGCUUGGACUCGCUGGAUUUCCCAACCUGGGUGAUUCAACAGUUCCAUGAGAGCAGAGAACAGUGAAUAAUAACGAAUAAUAAUGAAUAACCCAGAGUUAUUCAUGCACAGAAAAUGCUGUGAGCUCUGCCAGGAGCAAAGGGCAGGGCCCAGCCCCUGCACACAGGGCCCCAGCUGGGUCACCAGGCAGGGUUCCUGCCCAGGGCCACCCCUUUGCCAGCCUGAGGAGGAUUUUGUGUGCUCACAGGGACACACGAGUGCAGAGCUGGGGAGCUCCCUCCCCAUUCCUGCCAGCACUGGGACCUUGGGGCAGAUCCAAAGUGCAAAAUCCUGCUCAGAGCACGUGUUCCCCACUCUGGUCAGCACUCCUGCUCCUUUGCCCUCACUCUGCAGCCAGGAGAGACUUUUUUAUUCCUUUAAAAAGGAAAAAAAAAAAACCUUCCUUUUCCUUCCCAGUGUGAUUUUUCAGUCGUGCUCCAUAUCUGUGACACAAGAGGUGCUCGUGGAGAUAAAAAGCAUUUUGAAGAGGGGAUGAGGAGAUACAAGAGGUGAAUCCUCACUAUUUAUGUCAGAAAAAUAAAGUUUGGAGAUGAAAGCUGCCUGCACUUUGUGCAGCUGUGCUCUUUCAAAGCAGAGGGAUUUUCCAUCCCACUUAAAAGGGUGAUGAGGGCAGAGUGGGAAAUAAAAUAAAAAUAAAAGGGGGUUUCUAAGCCUUGAGGGGUGGCACAGGUCAAUAAAACCAGGGCUGAUCUUU